ACAUGGCAACCCGGUUUCUUUUGCAUAGAUUUGCAUAGAAGUUACCCCAUCCCCCAGUUUCAACAUAUCCUGGUGGCUCGAACUUCGCCAUUUUGACUCACAGAGGAAGGUGACGAACGUCCAAAUAGAAGCAAAGAAAACGCUGAAGAUAAAGUAACCAUGAGCGGGUGUCGUUUAUUCAUUGGUCGUUUGAGCCCCCAUGCCCGAGAAAGAGACGUGGAAAAGUUUUUCAAAGGAUACGGACGGAUCCGAGAAAUUAAUUUGAAAAAUGGAUUUGGCUUUGUGGAGUUUGAUGACCAUAGAGAUGCAGAUGAUGCAGUAUACGAGUUAAAUGGCAAAGAACUUUGUAGUGAAAGGGUGACCAUUGAGCAUGCCCGCUCCAGGAAGGGCAGGGGAGGCGGUGCUGGGAUGGGUGGAGGUGGAGGAGGACGAGAUGGUGGUGGUGGUGGUGGUGGAGGAGGAGGGGGACGCUUCUCCCCACGCUUCAGCAACUCUCGGCAGUCUCGCAGCAGUGGCUCCAGGUAUGGCCCCCCUGUGCGGACUGAACACAGACUCAUUGUGGAAAACCUGUCUUCCAGAAUUAGCUGGCAGGACCUGAAAGACCUGAUGAGGAAAGUCGGAGAGGUCACCUUUGUGGACGCCCACAGAACAAACAAGAACGAAGGAGUGGUCGAGUUCGCCUCCCACAGUGAUAUGAAGAACGCCAUUUCCAAGCUGGAUGGGACAGACCUGAAUGGACGCAAGCUGAAGCUGUUUGAGGAUCGCAGGAGGAGCCGCAGCAGGAGCCGUUCUCGGUCCCGCAGCUACUCCCGUUCUCGUUCCCGCUCUCGCUCCAAGUCCCGCUCCAGGAGCCGCUCGCGCUCGGCCAGCCGCACCCCGGAGAAGAAGCCCUCAGGGGGCAAGGCCGCCCCUCGCUCCCCCUCCCGCUCCCUGUCCCGCUCCCCCGCCCGCCCCAGGUCCAGGACCCCGGUCCGGGCCCGCUCCCCUGCCCGUUCCAGGUCCCCCGCCCGGCCCAAGUCACACUCUCCCGCCGGGCCCAGGUCCAGGUCCCCCGCCAGGUCCAGGUCCCCCGCCAGGUCCAGGUCCCCUGUCCGGCCCAGGUCCAACUCCAGGUCCCACUCCAGGUCCCCGGCCCCGAGGAAACAGUCCCGCUCCCCCUCAGCUGAGAGCCAGCACUGAGAACGCCCUCCACGGCUAUGUGGUCUGGACUGAAGCGUUGUUAGAGCAUUGCGGCAGGCCUGUCUGAGGGCCGGGUCACUGGGAACCAAGGGGGAGGGAGAGGGUUACCUAUGUGACGGGAAGUCCUUUAUUUUAGAAUAAUUGAUUGCGCCCGCGUUUAGUUUUAUGCCCAAAUUGGAAUGUUUUGAUUUGGUUCUUUUGUACUUUUUUGGCUAUGUAAUUGAUAUACUUUCUUUUCGAAACCCCUCAACCUUUUUAAUGCAAUGUACCGUGGGACAACGAGACUGUGUUCUGGAUCUUCUUGCGUAUGUACUUACUCCCCUGCCGCUUGUGUUGUCUAAAAUGUUAUUAAAGUUCGAGAACAGCCCAAGCACUCUGCAUUGUCAUCACAUCAGAGUUAGGUCCACCCUCACUGCCCAGAUUAUCAUCACUCUGCAAAUGCAGAUGACUGAGUUUACACACAAGGUAAAUUGAGCUGUUUUUUUUGGUUCCCUCUGCAGCUUUAGGUUUUUGGGGGGCAAUUAUGCUGUGAUUAUUCACUCAUAAAUGAUAAUGGGUGCUUCUACUGUAAUCUUUCCCAUAUUGCAAAUCACCUGUCAAGGAGGAAUAAUCUUAAAUGUCAAUUUGCGGAUAGUCAAUAAGUCUGCCAUUAAGUGUGGGAGUCUUUUUGUGUGUAAACAGCUGUGAGUUUAACAUCAGUUAUUUACCUAUGGCUCAGGAUAUUUGACUUCACUUUUGUGAGGCUUUAUGUAAAUCCUGCCCUGUGUUUUCUGGAAGUGAACUGGGUUGAAGACUGCUAUGUGUUUAUUGUGGCAGGAAGAUGCAAUGUCUGUUAAAUGAUUUAACUGAAUUGAUUUGCUACAAAUAAAGCCGGUCCUUGCAAA